AUGGACGCUCUCCCGCAAGACACGCUCCACCAGAUCUUCUCCAGCCUUCCCCUCCGCCAGGUCAUGAUCUGCCGCUCACUCUCCAAGUUCUUCAACCACCUCCUGACCUCACCAUCCUUCAUACAGCUCAUCUCCACCCAAUCGCCUCCCCUCAACCUCUUAGCCCUCCGCCCUCCCCACCACCACCACCACCGCCACGUAUCCUCCCCUCCCUGCCUCCACGUGUUCGACCCCGACGACAACCAAUGGCUCAGAUUCAACCUAGAUUUUCUUCCCUUCCGCUCCUCCCACCCCGUCGCCUCCUCCCUCGGCUUCGUCUACCUCUGGGGCGAAUCGCCCGACUCGCCCGAGUCCACCAAGUCACUCGUCGUCUGCAACCCUCUGACUCGCCAGUUCCGAGUCCUGCCCCAGCUCGGGUCUGCUUGGUCGCGCCACGGCUCGGUCCUCGUUGACUCCGAAACUCGAGUCAUGGUCCUCACCGAGCUCGCCGCUCUCUACUUCUCCGGUUCAAACCAGUGGCUAAAGUUUUCAUCCAACCUCCCAUCGAAACCCAGAAGCCCAAUUUUGGUCUUUGACUCGGUUUACGCUCUCUGCGAUGUGGGUUCGCCUUGGAGGAGUCAAUGGAAGCUCUUUCAUUGCACAAUUUCAAAACUGAAGACCUCCCAGACGUGGACUCGGCUCGAAAAGCACGAGUGGGGGGACGUUUUUGACAUCUUGAAACGACCCCGUUUGGUUCGCGGAAACGGGAACAAGGUUUUGAUGGUUGGUGGGUUGAAAUCGUCUUUCUCGCUGAAUGCUUCGUGCUCGACGAUUUUGAUACUGAGGCUGGACUUGGAUAGCUUGGAGUGGGACGAGGCGGGCCGAAUGCCGGUGGACAUGUUCAGGUGUUUUCAAGAGUCGAGCAAGUUCAAGGUGUUUGGUAGCGGUGAUAGGGUUUGUUUUUCGGCCAAGAGAGUUGGGAAGUUGGCUUUGUGGGACCAUUGUUCGGGGAAAGGCGAGUGGCGGUGGAUUGAUGGUGUGCCUGGAAGCGGCGAUGGGCUUUGCAGGGGGUUUGUUUUCGAGGCCAGGCUCACUGCAUUGCUUUGA